GAGAAUCAAACGUCUAAAACACAGAACCUUUCUGCGGUGUGCCCCGGGACAAGACGUGGUACGGCGCGACCUCAAACACUCUAGAGGCUGUCUCAUGGACCAAUGGCACCCUAACCCUGAAGGGGCUGAGCCUAUGUAACAGACUUGCGCGGCUUCCUUUACCGGAGCCUUCCACAACCAACCUUAAGUCUUCCUCUCCUCCAUCUUUCUUCCAUCCACCUCCAUCUUCCUCACUUUAGCUCCAACAAGCUCUGAAUAACCUCUACAAACGGAGAAAACAACAGCAACAACAACAACAAUAAACAAUCAUGUCCGUCAACACAAAUCCUACCGACGCUAAAGUCGCUCCCGUAGCUUCGGACCCACCUUCAUACACUGACGCUACCUCCUCCAACUCAGCGCCCGUCUAUGGCGAUGGAAACGUCUUCACUGACCAACCGACCAUGUCCUACACUGCGACUACCCCGGAGCCGUACACCCCUCGCAAGAAGGGCUGGAUGACCGGAAUUUUCGACUGCUUCGUCGAUCCUGCAUCAGGUAAGCUCCCGAGGAACCUCUUCCCGCUAACGUCAGCCUCAUUCUCCCGAAGCGAGUUAUACUAAAACAAAAGUCCUUCCCCAGGUACCAAGGCCCUUUGCUGCCCUUGCGUUUCAUAUGCGCAAACCCGCCAUCGUCUCCAUGCUCCUAAUACUCCCGCGCCCGUCCUAUCAACGCCUUGCUUGGGCUACUGCUUAGUCAUGUCCUGCUUCCCUGGUGCCGAGUUCAUUUUUGGAUUCAUGCAGCGUGGUGAUAUCCGCAAUAGGCUUAAUAUUGAUCACUCAUUGCCCAAGGGGACUGUGUCGCCAGCGUCCGCUUCCCGUGAGCCUGGCAAGAUGAGGAUGUUUGAGAGUAUGGAUAGUGCUGGUGGAUGUAUUGAUGACUUCUGGAGACACUUCUUUUGUGCUCCUUGCUCGCUUGCACAGGAGGACCGUGAGGUUAGCCGAUGGGAGAGAGAGGUUGCUGGUGGCGAGGGAUGGUGUGAUGACGAUGAGGAACUUGGUGGAUUCAGAGGGGUUGAGACUACCCGAGGAGAGGAGGGUAUCUCUGAGGAAGGUGAAAGGCUCUUGGGAUGUGAGAGGGGCGAGUUGAGGGGACUCCGAGGCUAAGAGAUAACCCACUCUCACUUUCCUUUUUCCUUUACAUUCCUUUUUUUUUUUAAACGUCCCUCUAGUUCCCUUUUUCCAUGUCUACUUUACUUUCUUGCUUUCAUUAUUGGGUAUUAUUAUCGGGCAGGGUGGGUCGGUCCGUUGGUUUGGUAGGAUCGGC